CCAGGCUGAAGGGAAAACAAAGGGCUUGCAUGUGCUGCAGGCAGUACUAGCUCUACAACUGCGUGACUGCAAUCCAGUCUGCUCACCGAAACACGGACUGUUAUUAAACGACAGGGAGAGGACGGCUGGCGGGGGAGUUGAUGCGACAGAUUCGUGUCUUGGGGAAGUUUUGAGCUUGACUUUGUGUCUGGAAGACUUUUGGGGAAGUUAAAGUUUAGGGGCACGCACGCUGCUGUGAGGUUACCAUGCUGUGUGCAGGGAGGAGGCGGCGUGUUUGUGUGUCUAAAAGCAUGCAGGAGAGGAAGCGCCUUUCACUUUUCUGUGUAAAAGCUGCAGAUUAGUCCACGCACGGAAUUGCAGCUGCGCCGGUCCCGAACGCUGCUUAAUGCUGGGGGUUGGUGCGGACGCUUUAAAGGGCUCUUCGCAGCGGUCCCUCGGCUGUGUGUGUGUGUUUAUGGGAGGUCUGUAGGGUUCCCUUUGAAGUCGAACUGUUGCCAUGUUUGAAUUACGUCAGGGUGAAGCCAUGAGGAACCAGCUCCAACCUCUCCGCAGCGGUAGCAGCAAGCGGCAGCAGCUCAGUGUAGGAUGAGGCUCCAGCAGAGAAGAAAAAAUGUUUGGUUUCCAUAAACCAAAGAUGUACCGGAGUAUAGAGGGUUGCUGUAUCUGCAGAGCAAAGUCUUCCAGCUCUCGUUUCACUGAUAGUAAACGUUAUGAAAAAGACUUCCAGAACUGCUUUGGGCUCCAUGAAGUCCGCUCAGGAGAUAUCUGCAAUGCGUGUGUCCUUUUGGUGAAAAGAUGGAAAAAACUGCCAGCAGGAUCAAAGAAAAACUGGAAUCACGUGGUGGAUGCAAGGGCUGGACCCAGUCUUAAAACAACACUGAAACCAAAGAAAAUGAAAACUCUCUCUGGAAGCAGAAUAAAGAGCAAUCAAAUCAGCAAACUGCAAAAGGAAUUCAAACGGCACAGUAAGUGGACACAGAGUUUUAGGAAGGCAGUUUAUUGCCAAAGUAGCUAAUUGUUAAUUGGCCUAAUUAGAUACUGUCCAAUGCAGUCGGUGGUGGUUGGUUGGUUUGUUUGUUUUAAAUGAGAAAAUAUUUGUUUAUAUAAUCCUUUGC